UCUUUGUUCGUCACCAUGGAAACAAGUCAGCCUAUCCCCGAUGGCUGUCAGAUCUCGCAGCCUGCCGCUGCCAUCCGCUCGGCCGCAGCUCUUCCCGCUGGGAGCCCAGCCAUGCAGGACCUGCCCCGGCGGUGCUCGGCCCUGCCGUUCCUCAGCGCCUUCUUCCAGGGCCGCCGGCACUCAUCCUCGGACCCUAUCCUGCAGCAGGGCCGGCGCGGCUCGGCCGCCCAGACGCUCUCCUCGUCCUCUCUCCAGGUGAUGGUGGCAGUGGCCUCUGUCAGCUGUGCCGAAAGAAACCCAACUUGCCUCCAGAGAAAAAGAAAUUCAGGACGUCCAACACCGAAGUAUACAAAAGUCGGAGAGCGUUUACGGCAUGUGAUUCCUGGACACAUGGCCUGCUCCAUGGCGUGUGGUGGCAGAGCGUGCAAGUAUGAAAACCCGGCCCGCUGGAGUGAGCAGGAGCAGGCCAUUAAGGGGCUUUACUCGUCAUGGGUCACUGAGAAUAUCCUGGCUAUGGCUCGCCCGUCCACGGAACUCCUCGAGAAGUACGGCCUCAUCGAGCAGUUCCAAAGUCAUGGCAUAAAAACAGUCAUCAACCUGCAGCGCCCUGGCGAGCAUGCCAGCUGUGGGAACCCUCUGGAACAAGAGAGUGGCUUCACAUACCUUCCUGAAGCUUUCAUGGAGGCUGGCAUUUAUUUCUACAAUUUUGGAUGGAAGGAUUAUGGUGUAGCAUCACUCACCACCAUCUUGGAUAUGGUGAAGGUGAUGACAUUUGCCUUACAAGAAGGAAAAGUAGCGGUCCAUUGUCAUGCAGGGCUUGGUCGAACAGGCGUUUUAAUAGCAUGUUACUUGGUUUUUGCCACAAGAAUGACUGCUGACCAAGCCAUUAUAUUUGUUCGGGCAAAGCGACCCAAUUCCAUACAAACUCGAGGGCAGCUGCUCUGCGUGAGGGAGUUUACUCAGUUUCUGAUUCCUCUUCGCAGUAUAUUCUCUUGCUGCGACCCCAAAGCGCAUGCCGUGACUUUAGCACAGUAUCUCAUUCGCCAGCGGCAUCUGCUUCACGGGUAUGAGGCCCGACUCCUGAAACACGUACCCAAAAUUAUCCACCUCGUCUGCAAAUUGCUGCUGGACUUAGCCGAGAACAGGCCAGUGGUGACGGCAGAGGUGGCAGAAGUGCCCAGCCUGUCCGCCGAGAUUGAGAAGACGGUUUCUGAGAUGAUCACCCUGCAGCUGGAUAAGGAGUUGCUGAGGCAGGGCAGCGACGCAUCCGACGGCUUCCCCGCCACCGCGGUGGCCACGGAUUUUGAGAAUCAGGAUGUGAUUCUUUCCAGCGAGCAAGGGAUUGACCCUCUCUGGAAGAGGCGGAAUGUCGAGUGCCUUCAGCCCCUAACUCACCUGAAAAGGCGACUCAGCUACAGCGACUCGGAUUUAAAGAGGGCCGAGACGCUUCUGGAGCACGGGGAGACUCCGUGGACGGGGCCUGCCCAGGCCUUGCUUGGCCGUAACCCCGGGCUGCAGAAGCCCGUAAGCCACUGUUACACCCCCCAGUCUCCACAGCUUGAUCCAAGUAAGGAAACGCUUGUCCGAAAUACAUUCUCUUUCUGGAAUCAGGCUAAAUUUGGAGGCCUGGAAGGACUCAAAGAUGAGGGGUCACCACUUUUCCAUAGGGAGACUGUUGCAAAGGAAGUACAGCGGAGUAGAACCUUCUCUUCGGGUGUUUCAGGUUCAUACAACCCUAGGGAGCCAGUUACAGCGAACCUUGCAGAUACCCCGACGGAAUCAGACAGUUCUCCCCAGCAAGCGCCCCGCUGUCAGUACGAAACUCCCGCCGGUUGCUGCUCCGACACGCCCCACAGGCCCCUGGACUGUGGCUUCAGCCCCAAAGCACCCUUUUCCGGCGGACGCAGCCAAGCCCAGGACAGCAGAGACGUGUCCGCAGCUGCUGCAUACGGUGCUGUGCAGUCCGGACUGAGUGCCGAAGCCAGGAGAGUACUGGCAGCCAAAGCCCUGGCAAGCUUAGAUGAGUUUGCAGAGAAGGAGGAGGUGAAGAGGAAGGUAGAAAUGUGGCAGAAAGAACUAAAUUCCCGAGAUGGAGCUUGGGAAAGAAUAUGUGGCGAAAGGGACCCUUUCGUCCUGUGCAGUCUGAUGUGGUCCUGGGUGGAGCAGCUGAAGGAGCCCGUGAUCACCAAACAGGACAUGGACACGCUGCUCGGCAGCCGCACGGACGCCGCGGACGCGCUCUCUCUGCUAGAGAAGGGCCAGUACCAGACCAUUCUCUGCGUGUUGCACUGUGUCGUGAGCCUGCAGGUGAUCCCCGCCGACGUGGAGGAAGCCAUCCUCGCUCGUGCCAUUAAAGCCUUCACCAAGGUUAAUUUUGACUCUGAAAAUGGACCAGUAGUUUACAACACCCUGAAGAAAAUAUUUAAGCACACACUGGAAGAAAACAGGAAAAUGAUGAAAGAUGGCCCUCAGCCUGACAUUUAGUGAUGCUUCCCUGGUGGCAGACACCUCAGACCUGGGGACCCAGAUGGCUUUUCUGCACACAGAUGAGCAGGUUGGAGCCUGGAGCCACUUCGUCUCAUAGCACUUUAUCUCAGACGCUCUUGGUUUGGUUUGUGCUAAGAACGCUCAUUUCUGUUGGAAGCAACUAUUUAUUUUAAAAUAUCCUCAAGCUACAUUUUUGUGCUGAAAAAUUGCCAUAACGUUGGUGCCACUUUUUUAUAUUUAUUUAACUGAAUUAAUAUUGUUCUAUUAAUAUGUAAGUAUGUGGUGUUUACAUCUUUAUUCUUUUUGACAUUUUUUUUCCAAAACAGUUAUUUUGUCAGUGGAAUCCUUGCUGGAGCUUUUACCAAAUAGGUGAUUCUAGUAGUAAAACUUCACUGUGGAUCCAUCCCCCUGAUCCAGGACCUAAGGAAGUCACAAAGUAUCUUAAGCUGUUUUGUAUUUGUUAAUAAGAAGGCUAUUGAUAAGACAUUUUUUAAGGAUUUUAUUUUAAUUUGCAAAUUUUUUGUUUUUUCUUUUUAUAAACACAUCAAAGGAUUUCUCCGAGUGAUUUAGUGAUUUAGUUUUGUGUUGAAGGUUGACUGAGGUGAUGGGAUUUUUUACCACAGGAAGUAGACUUGCUCUUGGUUAGGCUUCCAGACCCCCGUGCCGACCCCCGCUGUCACAGGAAGCAAGAGCGCCUCUGAGUACAUCCAGCCCGAUGCCCAGCAAACAGCAUCUUCACAGAGGAACGGGGGCCACAGUGGGCAGUGUGGGCAGCUGCUUCGACUCCGCAGGGAGGACCAUUGGGCGGGGGCAGGCUCAGUGCAGCAGCGUGACCACCAGCUCACACCUCCCACGUCUGCCCUUCCGUGGACCCUGUCAUCUCCAGGCCCUGUCUUCGGCAACUUGUCACUCGGAGAACUAAGAUUCUUAAACUAAAUGUGGUGCAUGUAGACCACACUCACCCUGUUGGCCCGAGAUAAGAAACAAGUGAACUAGUUACGGCCUAACUAGUUCUCUGUGGACCAAACUGUCUUUCAGCAGUGGAAGCUGUGAUGAGUGUGUGCAGUACCAGAGGUCAGGUCACAAGGAGGGUCCUCAUUUUUCCCAGUAAACGUGAUACUCAUCUAACCGAUUUCAUACUAAGGCAAUGACCUAAUUUUAGAGACAGAAUUUCGGGGGAAGCGAGGCUAACCACGGAUGAGUCUGCCCACCUCCUGCACCUCCUAAUCAGGCGCUGGCGCAUUGGGAAUAUCCUCAUCCUUGUCGGUCUUACGAACUCUGGUGGCAAGUGCUGUUGCCUCCCACACCGUUUCAGUUUUCUUAGGAAACCAGAUCCAGUGAAUUUUAAUGAACCGGUUACCCAUUCCUGAAAUGUCUCAUUUUUAAGUGCCUGAAAGGGAAAGGAAGAAAAGAUUACAUUUUAUCCAAAGGUACAUUACAAAAAAUAGGUUUUUUACCCAAAAAAUGUUUACUGUCAUUUCUGUCAGUCUCACAUGGGCAGGUGCCAGCACGGCUCAUUGGACAAGAGGCCGUUGGCCUGUGUGUCUGAGAUGGUCCCGCGCAUCCCCGAUGUGACAAUGGCAUUGCGCCAGACUGAGGAAGAGAGCUGGUGGGAGAAGUGUAUCAGGCUGUCUGCAGGCUUUGUAUGUAUUCGAAUAAAAGUGAAAAGAACAACCCAUAACCCUCGUAUAUCUUUAGCUUGGAGCUCCUGAUGACACAGGUGUGGUUGGUGAUGGGACGAUCCUGAUGGGCGGACUGGGUCAUGGGCUGGACGUCAGCCAGGCUCUGGUCGGUCCCAACUCUGUCGUCCAGAUGAGCAGGCGGGGACGGGAGGAGAGAGGAGAGCUCCAGGAGGAGCGGGUGAACGGAGUCUUUAAGGCCAGCAGGGUUCCUGCCUUUCUACAUUUGAGUGGGUGAGGAGUUCUCUGCAACCCAAAGGAUAGUUCCACUGACCAGAAGAACUUUGGGAUUCAGCUCAACAGAAGUGUGAAGGGUCAGGAGCACACACUCAGAACUGAUGGCCGUGGGCACGCCUGUGCAUUGUCUGGGCUCCUUCCAUACCGGGGAGAAGUAUUGUUCAUACCUGCCUGUUGAAGGAGUCCCAGACUGACGACUCCAGUCCUGCCUGCCUCCCUCCCCAAGCCACCUGCCUGCCUUUGGUGCUCCUAACAGAGGGCCCAGCUGGGACAAUGGGCCCUGUCACCCCUGGGCUCUGUGGUGGCUCCCUAGAGCAUCGUGUUCUUUGUCACUUAGUGAAAGUACCCAUCUUCUCUGUCCUCUGGAGCCGGCUGAGCUGCUGUGUUACUGUCGCAUGAUCUCAGCCUAUCUCACUUAGGAACUGCAGGACUUGUGGCCACAUACGGUUUCCUUCUACCGAGAGCUCGCUGAUGCCCUCUGCGCCAGAGUGCUGCUGACUUUGAGGUGCUUUAUCUGUUCGCGGA